AUGGCGGACGCCGAAAAGAAGACGAUCCACAUCGACGAGGAGGUGGGACAAGACAGCCCAGACACUGAAGGCUCCGAGUCCAAGCCCUUCAAGACGCUCCAGUUCGCAUACCUGCACAACGGCGAGCAGACAUACCUAGUCAAGAGGAAGGAGGGUGACGAGGAAGUCGCGACGUACAAGCCCGCCGCCAAAGCUGCUAUGAAGAAAGCUGUUAGUUACGCCGACCAGCAAAAGAAGAAGGCCAGCAAGGAGAAGGAGCUCGCGAUAAGACAGCAGAAGGAAGAAGAGGAGCGACAGAAGGUGUUUGACGAGGCCAAGAAGAUUGUCAUCAAGGAGGACACCAGCUUGCCCAAGGCGGUCAAGAUCCAUCUUGGGGAGACGAGGCCUGAGGUGGUGAAGCUGGGGAGCGGUGAGCGACCCAAGGAGGUCGACUACAGCAGCGGCGACAGAGGUACGAGAGUGCGGGUCAUGGGCAGAGUCCACCGUGAGCGCAAGCAGAAGGAGGUGCUCUUCGUCACGCUGCGUGACGGCCAUGGCUACAUGCAGUGUGUCCUGACUGGGCCCCUGGCCAAGACCUACGACGCUCUCACCCUCACUCGCGAAUCGAGCAUGAUGAUCACCGGCGAGAUGUGGGAGGUGCCUCCUGGUGCUCACGCCCCCGACAACCGCGAGCUGCACGCCGACUACUUCGAGAUUGUGGGCAAGGCGCCUGGAGGUGACGAUGCCAUCACCAACGUCGUCCAGGCCAAGGGUGAUGUCCAGACCCUCCUCGACCGUAGACAUCUCGUCCUGCGAGGUGAGACGGCUGCCUCGGUCAUGUUCGUCCGCGACGCCGUCGAGCACGCCUUCAACGUCAAGUACCACGAACUUGGCUACGUCAAGGUCUCACCCCCAGCCCUCGUCCAAACCCAAGUCGAAGGCGGCAGCACUCUCUUCGACUUCAACUACUACGGCGAAAAGGCGUACCUCACCCAAUCCUCCCAACUCUACCUCGAAACCGCCAUCCCCUUCGCCGGCAACGUCUACUGCAUCGAAAAGUCCUUCCGCGCCGAGAAAUCCCUCACCCGCCGCCACCUGUCGGAAUACACGCACAUCGAAGCGGAGCUCGACUUCAUUACCUUCGACGACCUCCUCGAGCACCUCGAAGACAUCAUCUGCGGCGUCCUGGACCACGUCCUCGCCAACCCACGCACGGCCGCCAUGCUCCAAGACCUCAACCCGGACUUCCAAAAACCCGAACGCCCCUUCAAACGCAUGAAGUACGCCGACGCCAUCGACUGGCUGCGCUCCCACGACAUCCCCAACGAAGACGGCAACCCGCACCAAUUCGGCGACGACAUCGCCGAGGCCGCCGAGCGCCGCAUGACGGACAUCAUCAACCGGCCCAUCUUCCUCACGCACUUCCCCGUCGAAAUCAAGGCCUUCUACAUGCAAAAGGACAAGGCCGACCCCCGCGUCACCGAGUCCGUCGACUGCCUCAUGCCCGGCGUCGGCGAGAUCGUCGGCGGCUCCAUGCGCAUGGACGACUACGACGAGCUCAUGGCCGCGUAUCAGCGCGAGGGCAUGGAUCCUUCGCCGUACUAUUGGUAUACGGACCAGAGGCGUUAUGGCACGAGUCCGCACGGUGGGUAUGGAUUGGGGCUGGAGAGGUUUUUGGCGUGGUUGUGUAAGCAGCAUACUGUGCGGGAUACGUGUUUGUAUCCGCGGUACAUGGGUCGUUGCAAGCCAUAG